UGCAGGGGUCCAAGCCAGAGGUAGAGCGGGACACAGACGCUAGUACCAAGGACAGCGAAAGGUGCUGUUACUGUCUUACAACGAGCAAUAUGUUUUGCUAUCCAGAUGGGAUCGACAACAAAUUCGGGACGUAAAUUUUUUGAAAAGACGACCCCAUCGUGCUCCUAUUGUCAACAAAGUGACACGAUAACAAGGCAAACCACAGCAUAAGGAUGCUCGCCCGGAAAGGUCUGUUGCCAGAUGGGUUUUUCCUGACCCGACUGGCAGAGGACUCCACCCAGCCCAACCGGUUCUGGCCCAAAGUCCAGCGCGCCCGUUUCAUCACCAAGGGGGGGUCCUGUAAUGUGGCUCACAAGAAUAUCAGGGAGCAGGGCAGGUUUCUGCAGGAUGUCUUCACCACCAUGGUGGACCUCAAGUGGCAGCACUCCCUGCUCAUCUUCACCUCUGCAUUUAUCUGCUCGUGGAUGCUCUUCGCUAUGGCGUGGUGGCUCCUGGCCUUCGCUCACGGGGACCUGGUGCCCCGCAGGCCGGAGGACGGGCCCGGGCCAGUGCCCUGUGUCACUGCCAUCCACUCCUUCACCUCUGCCUUCCUCUUCUCCAUCGAAGUCCAGGUGACUAUCGGAUUUGGGGGCCGGAUGGUGACGGAGGAGUGUCCGUUAGCGAUCACCGUGCUGAUCAUCCAGAAUAUCCUGGGCCUGAUCAUCAACGCCGUGAUGCUGGGCUGCGUCUUCAUGAAGACCGCCCAGGCCAAUCGCCGCGCUGAGACCCUCAUCUUCUCACGCAACGCUGUCAUUGCCCCCCGCAAUGGCCGGCCCACCUUCAUGUUCCGUGUGGGGGACCUGAGGAAGAGCAUGAUCAUUUCUGCCACUGUGCAGCUGCAGGUCAUCCGGCGCACGGUUACAGCGGAGGGUGAGGUGAUCCCGGUCUGCCAGGUGGAUAUCCAGGUGGAGAACCCCCUGCGGAGCAAUGGGAUCUUCCUUGUCUCCCCCCUCAUCAUCAGUCACACCAUUGAACGCGGCAGCCCCCUGUAUGAGCUGUCUGCCCAGUCACUGGCCAGUGAGGACCUGGAGAUCAUUGUCAUACUGGAGGGUGUGGUGGAAACCACAGGCAUCACCAUGCAGGCACGCACCUCAUACAUUCCUGACGAGAUCCUCUGGGGCCGUCGCUUUGUCUCCAUCAUGGCGGAGGAAGAUGGCCGCUACACAGUGGACUACUCUAAAUUCGGAAACACUGUACCUGUCCGAAUGUCAUCCCUCAGUGCCAAGGAGCUGGACCAGACUAGAGGGGUGCAGGAGGAAGGUGCACCAGGGGGUGUGCUCCAAGGCUGGGGGUUGGUACGAGCCGGCAGAGGUGGGUACAGGAGAGGGGGCAGGGUGUGUGAGAGCUCCACCUCCCAACUCUGGUAUACCCAUACAGAAAAAGGGGAGGAGCUGGAGGGGGAAGUGGAGAAAGGGAAAAAGAAAACAGUAAAACUGGAGGAGGUAGGAAGAGACAGACAGGAGGGGGAGGAGGAGUUGAGUGACUGAGAGAGAAGAAUAGGAAUAGAAGUAGUACAAAAUUCUGACAAAGAGAAAG